AUGGCCGAGGUCGCGGAGCUGGAGGGGGGCGCCCCGCGUCCUCGGAGCCCGUCCGGGGGCUCGGAGCUUCAGGCAGAGAGGCGGGGCGAGCCGGAGGCCGCGGGCCCGAAGGCUCAGCGAGAGGAGGCUAGAGAGGGCCCCGCCGAGGCGCCGGGGGGCGACGGGGCGGGCGCAGCCGCGACGGCCGCGGGGCCCGAGGGGGAAGGCCCGGGGGCGGCCGGAGGGCGAACGGGCGGGCUGGAACCGUGCUCCGGCGGGGGCCCGGGAGCCGAGACGCGGGGCGGGAGCGGGGCGCAGGGCCAGGCCGAGGCAGGGGAGGACGUCCGCGGGGGAGAGGGGCCGACGAGCGGCGCGGAGCCGGAGGAGGAGGCGAGCCCCGGGCCAGGUGUGCAGGGCGAGGAGCCGGGGGAGGCUCAGGCGGGGCGCGGGGACCCCGCUGCCCUGAACGCCAAGGAAGAAGCGGGGAGCGGGCCGAGGGAGCCGGCCGGCAGCGCGCCUGGGGCGUCUGGGGCGCUCGUGGACGCCCCGGAGUCGGUGGGGGAAAGCGUGGCAGCUGAGGGGUCGAUGGGGGCCCGCGUGGACGCCCCGGAGUCGGUGGGGAACAGCGUGGACGCCGAGGGGUCGGUGGGGGCCCGCGUGGACGCCGAGGGGCCGGCGGGGGAGAGCGUGGGAGCCGAGGAUUCGGUGGCGGAUAGCACAGAUGUCGGGGGGCCAGCAGGGGCCAGCACGGAUGUCGGGGUGCCGACGGCAGGAGCGCAGGGCGCGGAGGGUGAGCCCCGGGACGGAGGGGACCGCACAUCCCAGUCCGAGGCAGAGGCGAUUGAGGCCCCAGCGGCGGAGAGCGUGGGGUCCACCCCCGGCGAGCUUGCGCGGGGGCCUCGGGGCUCAGCGGAGGAGACGGGCGACCCCGAGGGAGGGGAGUCGGGGGAAGCGGCCCCAGGGGACGCGAGGGCAGAGGCCGGUGAGGACGCGGACCAGGGUGGGCCCCCGGGGCAGGCGGAGGAGGCCGAAGAGGAGAGGCCGGAGCGGGGUCUCCAGGGGCCAAGCGAGGAGGCCACGGCCGGGGGCGAGGAGGAGGGCACCGCGGCUGGAGAGGCGAUCCGGCCGGCGGAGGUCGGGGAGCCCCAGGCCGACCUGAGCAACCACCUGGCGGACGAGCGCAGCGCUGAACGCGGCGGCGGGACAGUGCCCGAGAACGGCGGCCAGGAGGGCGGCGAGGCGUCCGAGGAGGGGGCCCCGGGGCAGGACCACGACAUCACCCUCUUCGUGAAGGCUGGCUGUGAUGGUGAGAGUAUUGGCAAUUGCCCAUUUUCUCAGCGUCUCUUUAUGAUUCUCUGGCUGAAGGGCGUUAUAUUUAAUGUGACAACAGUGGACUUGAAAAGGAAACCCGCAGACCUGCAGAACUUGGCUCCCGGCACCAACCCACCUUUCAUGACUUUUGACGGCGAAGUCAAGACAGACGUGAAUAAGAUCGAGGAGUUUUUGGAGGAGAAACUGGCUCCCCCAAGGUACCCUAAGCUGGGGACCCAGCACCCUGAAUCUAACUCUGCUGGAAAUGAUGUGUUUGCCAAGUUCUCAGCAUUUAUAAAAAACACCAAGAAGGAUGCAAACGAGAUUUAUGAAAGGAACCUGUUAAAGGCCCUGAAGAAGCUGGAUAGUUAUUUGAACAGCCCCCUGCCUGAUGAGAUAGAUGCCUACAGUACCGAGGAAGCUGCUGUUUCUGGAAGGAAGUUCCUGGAUGGCAAUGAGCUCACGCUGGCUGACUGCAACCUCUUACCCAAGCUCCACAUUAUUAAGAUCGUGGCCAAGAGAUACAGAGAUUUUGAAUUUCCUCCUGAAAUGACUGGCAUCUGGAGGUACUUGAACAAUGCAUAUGCUCGGGAUGAGUUCACAAACACGUGUCCUGCCGACCAGGAGAUUGAACACGCAUAUUCAGAUGUUGCCAAAAGAAUGAAGUAAAGCUGGUCUGUUUUCUGUCUCAUUUCUAAGCUGUGUGAGCUAGACUGUGAAACGAGUGUCUCCUUUGUGUUUUCCUCCCAGUGACCAUUCUUUGCAAAAUAAUGCCCAUACUUUAGCUAUGUGGAUACCAUAGCAUGAUCCACUCAACAGGAAAUCAUUCCUAGCCUUGUAAUUUGUCAGCUCACUUGUGUAUCUGAAUAAUACCAGUGUCUGUUGUUAUACACUCCAGUUGUCUGGUUUAUGUUCAUUUAUAUCUUUGGCAUUCUGGGACCUUGUAAUCCAUGAUAUUUAGGGCCUGUGUUGUGCAGUUUACAUUUCAAAGCAAAUAAGGUUUGAAUUCAAACCUUACUUAUUACUAACCUCCUUUGUUUUUUUAAAAAUGUGUUUUUCUCUGAUAGUUCUCAAAAUCAUGCAUAACCUAUUUUUCUGCUCUAAAAUGGUAGUUCAACUAUUUUAAAACAAAAUAAUUUUUAUAAUUACAAAAUGAUACUCGCUUAUUUUAAUAUUUGAAACAAAGUCAGAAGGUAUAAAAAAUAAAGACAAAAGUCACCGAGAAUUUCACUACACUUAUGUAACUACUGAUAGUGUAUCAGUGAGUAUCUUCCAAGUCUUCAGACUCUUUCACACACUCGCAUUCACACCACAUGUAAUUUCUUGCCUCUGUGGUAUUGUGUUAGUUUAUUUUCAAGGACUGGUGAAGGGACUGACCCCCCUUGGUGAUACCUUGAUGGUCAGCCCUAGAGGACCUAAAACAGCGAUUCGGCACCACAGACCUCGAGAGAGCGCUUGUGGCCAAGUUUCAGAGGGAUGGAGAACCUCGGGGUCCACAGAGAUGUGAGGACUUGCGAAGACCAGCGGGGACCGCAAGCAGUGGGAUGGCCCGGGCCCGGCCCGGGCCCCACCCCCACCCCCACCCCCACCCACCUUUUUCCUACCUCCAUGAUGCCUCUGUCCCUGGUUCCAGGGAAGGCAUGGCGGAGGGUGCCUCUCUGUGUCUCUCCUGGCUCUCUUUCAGAGGCCUCUUACUCCCUCCCUCUCAGACAUCACGCCUGCGGGAGGACUCUUAACAUCAUCUGUGUGGCAGAAUCUCCUUGCCCCCUGUUGAAACGUGGACCAAGCACAUCUCGAUUCUUCAGAUGGCCUAACACCGCACCUUUCUGCCCAUGAUGUCAUGUUGGGCUGGCCUGGAUCCUGCUGGAUCUCUGCGCUCUCUAGCAUCGUUUCAAGGUCGGGCAGGGAAAAUCCAGGGAGAUUAAAUUCUUGGUGACUCCUCUUGGGCAGUUGUGGUAAAUAGGCGAUAUGGGGAGGAAGUAGAAAGUACUGAGUCAAAAGAGUGUUCUGGUUCAUCUGUGCCUUCCCCUCCCCCACCCUGAGCCAGCUUCACAGCGACAGCUGUGUGUGGGGGCUGGGUUCCUACCCAAGGAUUGGAGGACAGAAUAGGAGACUCCUUCCAUGCUCAUCUAAACUCCCAGGGUUCCAGUGUUAUCCGCCAGGCUGUGUCCUUUUGACAUUGGCACACACCUUCCAGAAAACUCGCUUGUGGAGUUGGAGACAGCAUGUGAUUGAUGUUAAAAACGUUAGAAAAAAAGUAUAUACCUGUUCACUGGGUGAUUCAUUUGGAAGAAAGGGAGAUGCAUUAACAUUCUGAGAUUUCUGGGAUUUAGAAAAAGAUGUCUAGUAAGAGGAACAAAGCCCUUCAAACGGUGGCCGCUUUCUCUUCCCUCGUACUGGAUCCAAUGGUUUAACCAGGGGCAGCCAAACUCCCAGCCCUCCACUCACUUUGUUAGCCAUUUAUUUAGGAAGUUGUCUCUGGCAUGUGUCGUGGUGAUUCCUGUCUCACAUCUGUUUAGGAAUCAGAUUCUAAAGAUGAGUUUUACCAUGUUACAUUUAAAUUUAGUAAAUGAAUUGCUGCUACUAGUGCCAGGUUUGUAUUUUUAGAAGUUAAAGCGAUCUACGUAAACCCUUUGUGCCUUACAAAUUAAACAAAUUAUGAAAAUA